CGGAAGGAGCGCAAGAAACGAAAGCCAAAGGUGGUGCUGAAAGGUGAAACGUUCGAAGAUCCCGAUCCGUACCAGUUGGCCGUACGCAAGACCAACUAUGGCAAACGGAAGGAGAAACUAAAGUUUGUCGGUGAACAGUUCCACGAUCCGGAUCCGCUCGGGUUGGCCAUACGCAAAACGAGCGCCACGAGCGCCACCAGCCGCUCCACGGUCAGCGAUCGCGAAAUUUUCUAUCAGUACCGUGCCCAGCACGCCGAAACCCACCCGGGUACCGUGUUCUUCGAUUACGUAAAGUGUACCGCCGCCAGUUGCUACAGGGCCGCGAUGUCCGAUCCCGAGUGUGAGGAUAAGCGGGGCAGUGUCGGAUCCGAAGAUCGGCUUAGCACUCGGAAGGCGGCACUAGCGCAAACGUUGGCGGUCGGUGUGAAGAAUGUGCUGCUUCUCGGCUACGGCAUGACGCUCGGCUUUCCGACCAUAGUGAUUCCGGCAAUCCAGGGCGGUGACGGACGACAGCCGGCCCUCGAGAAGGAUGUGAUGUUGAGCAAGGAGCAAAUUUCGUGGCUCAGCUCCAUCAAUUUGAUCUGCGUCCCGCUGGGCAGUAUUUUUUCGGGUGCGCUUGCUCAACCGAUCGGCCGACGGCGGGCAAUGCAGUUGAUCAACAUUCCGAUCUUUAUCGCCUGGAUGAUGUUCCACUACGCGACCGACGUCUCCUUCCUGUACUGGGGGCUGGCGCUGGCCGGGCUCAGUGGUGGACUCGGUGAAGCGCCGGUGCUGACGUACGUGGCCGAAAUUACCCAACCGCGCUACCGUGGCAUGUUGGCGGCAACCGGAUCGACGUGUGUUAUAUUGGGCGUACUGUUGGAGUUUUUGAUGGGCAGCUUUCUGAAGUGGCGCACCGUGGCUUUGGUCAGUUCCGUGGUCCCGGUACUGGCUGCCCUGUUGCUCUUCCUCAUACCGGAGAGUCCGGUGUGGUUGGCAAGCAAGGGACGGUUAGAGGAAUCGAAAAAGGCCCUAGCGUGGCUGCGUGGUUGGGUGUCUCUGGAACAGGUUAGCGAAGAGUUCAAAGAGAUUGAGCAACAGAUGACGAAGGAUGUGGAACUGCAGAAGGACUUCACGAUCGUCGACAAGGCUCGGCUCUACACGCGGAGGGCCUUCCUGCAGCCGUUCGGGAUCAUUCUGCUGUGCUUUUUCAUCGGACACUUUUCGGGCAUGACCACGCUCCAAACGUAUGCCGUUCAGAUCUUUCACACGCUGAAAGCGCCGAUCAACAAGUACUACGCGACGUGUCUGCUUGGGCUGACGGAGCUGAUCGGGACGCUGUUUUGCGUGUUUCUGGUGCACCGUACCGGUAAGCGGCCCCUAGUGUUCCUCUCGACGAUCGGAUGUGCCGUGUGCUUCUUCGGAGCCGCCACCUAUACCUACUUCCUGAACGACAUUCCCGGUGCCGCCGUCCACAACGUCGUUGCGAACGUGUCCUCCAUCAAGGCGGACAUUACCGUGAUACCGUUGCAGUCCCGAGAAGUUAUUGCCGAGCUGUCCAACAGUUCGGUGUUGCCGUUGCUGAACGUAACGCACCUGGAAACGCAGCUUAACGAAACCGCAACAAUGGUUCGGCCUAACCGCAGCGACUCGACGGCCGCGGACGGCAUUGUUUAUUCGGCACAAAGCUUUACGAAUUACUACGUUAACGAUAGCCUGAAUGAGCCGAUCAACAUAACGAUCAGCUACGGCGAGUACGUUAAAUCGGCCAUCCCGGACCAGGUGUUUGUUCCGCUGCCGCACGUCAACAAAAAUCGGUACGUCUGGGUGCCACUAACGCUCCUGCUGGGCAGUGCCUUCCUGACGCACAUCGGUAUCCGACUAGUUCCGUGGAUCCUGAUCGGAGAAAUGUUUGCCCCGAACGUACGCGCCGGUGGCUCCGGACUGGCCGGUGGAAUUGCGUACAUUUUUGGCUUUCUGGCCAACAAAAGUUUCCUGUCCAUGCUGGCCACCUUCACGCUGCCCGGCACGUUCUGGAUCUACUCCCUAGUGACACUGGUUGGCGCAGCGAUCCUCUACAAGGUGCUGCCGGAGACGGAAGGCAAAUCACUGCAGGAAAUCGAAACGUAUUUCAUCUCACCGACCCAGCACGGGGCAGCCAACACGUCGGUCGCACCCCAACCGGGGCCAAAGCUGUCCGAUGCCAGCAUUCAACUGCAGCCACUUCCACCACCGAUUCCUCCCAAACCGUACCCGUUGAAAGACGACGUAGAUCGAGCCCGCCGGAUAUCGUCGGUACCGCGCCAACUGUCACAGCUUUCGCGCAACACCACAGUGUCGGACUUUUCCGUGGCCUCACCGACCGUGCCCUCGUCGCCCGAACUGAGCCGUUCGUCGUCGCGUACCUCCUACGAUCUGGAGGAUGCCCACGAUCGGCCGAACCGGACCGUGAAUGCGCACGCACUGUUUAGAAAACUAUCGGAAUCAGCGCUCCCCAGUCAGCAGCAGCCGACCGUUGGGCUGCCGACACCGCCCCGACAGCGGUCAAAGCGCCACACCGGGAACAACCGUUGCGUCGAGCGCAAUCAUUCGGUGGGCUCGAAACCGGUUUUCAAAACCGGGCUGCCCAACGUCGAGCGGGCACUGCCUCCGCACAAAACCCAACCAAUGACGCGUCCGGUGCGUGCACGUGGCAAACGGCCGCCACCCUCCCGUACGUUCGACGUCCAGUCUUGGGAUGGCAAUAAAAAGUUUGAGGAGUUUCUACGACAUCAUCAGGACACACGGACGGCGGUGGGGCCGGAAACGGCUCGAGAGGUGCGCCCCAUAAGGCACGUGACCAGUGCGCACGAUCUGAAAGCGUGCGACGGUGGAACUGGCGCCGGCAGCAUGCUGAAGGAGCGUAAGAUCUUCAACAGCUCCACCAAACUGACGCCGGCCAUAGUAGUCAGCGAUGAAGCGUGUCCGGGCGGCGGCGCACCAGAAGGUGGAACCAGAAAUCCCGCCUUUCACCUGAGUUCCAGUGAUGAUGAGUCAACGGAUAUGUGA